UCUAGGCCGGAGCCGUUUCCAGGGUGCGCUCGGUGGCCACAAAGCGCCAGCUGAGGGGCUGCUGCGGGCCGAGCGCCGCUGAGCCUGCCCGCCUCCUAGCUUCACCGGCCGGCCGCCGUGCCUCCGCCGCGUCCCCGCAUCCCGAACAGCCGCGCGAGUCCGGGCAGGGAAGGCAGAGCCGGGCGGGCGCCGCCUGCGCAGACACCCGGAGCCGGCCUGCGUGGGGCCGCGCGGCGGCGGCGGCGGCAGCGGCGGCAGCGGCGGCAGCGACUCCGACUCCGGCCCGGGCCGGACAGCGCAGGGCCAUGGCCGAGGCGGCCCCGGCUCCGACUGCUGAAUGGGACUCUGAAUGCCUUACCUCCCUGCAGCCCCUCCCUCUUCCCACGCCCCCGGCAGCAAACGAAGCACCCCUGCAGACCGCAGCCAUCUCCCUGUGGACCGUGGUGGCCGCCGUGCAGGCCAUCGAGAGGAAGGUGGACGUCCACAGCCGCCGCCUCCUGACCCUGGAGGGGCGGACGGGGACGGCCGAGAAGAAGCUGGCCAGCUGCGAGAAGACCGUGGCGGAGCUGGGGAACCAGCUGGAUGGCAAGUGGGCCGUGCUGGGGACGCUGCUGCAGGAGUACGGGCUGUUGCAGAGGCGGCUGGAGAACUUGGAGAACCUGCUGAGAAACAGAAACUUCUGGAUCCUGCGCCUGCCGCCGGGGAUUAAAGGGGAUAUCCCAAAGGUGCCUGUGACAUUUGAUGAUAUCUCCAUCUACUUUUCUACUCCAGAGUGGGAAAAAUUAGAAGAAUGGCAAAAAGAACUUUACAAGAAUAUCAUGAAGGGCAACUACGAGUCUCUCAUCUCCAUGGAUUAUGCCAUGAAUCAGCCUGACGUCUUGUCUCAGAUUCAGCCGGAAGGAGAACAUAAUGCAGAGGAGCAGGCAGGGCCAGAGGAAAGCGAGAUUCCCGCAGACCCCAGUGAAGAGCCUGGCAUUUCAACCUCUGAUAUUCUGUCUUGGAUCAAACAAGAGGAAGAGCCCCAGGUUGGGGCCCCACAGGAGGCCAAGGAGAGUGACAUGCACAAGGGUGCCUACGCCGAUGAAGAGCUUGUCAUCAAAGCUGAAGGCCUCCCCGGAGCCUCCCUGUGCCCCGAGGUCCCCGUACCCUUCUCUUCUCCUCCACCAGCAGCGAAGGAUACUUUUUCCGACGUGGCUUUCAAAAGCCAGCCGACCGCAUCCAUGACACCUUUCGGACGUCCAGCCGCUGACCUGGCCGAAGCCUCUGAGGGACAAGUGACUUUCACUCAGUUGGGCAGCUACCCACUGCCGCCUCCAGCAGGGGAACAGGUGUUUUCGUGCCACCACUGUGGCAAGAGCCUCAGCCAAGACAUGCUGCUGACCCACCAGUGUGGCCAUGCAGGUGAGCAUCCCUUGGCCUGUGCCCCGUGCCCGAAGCACUUUGCCCAGCAGGCCGACCUUGGCAGCGGCUCCCAGCCCCACGCCACUGACACGCCCCCCACCUGCCCGCACUGCGCGAGAACUUUCACUCACCCGUCCCGCCUCACCUACCACCUUCGGGUCCACAACAGCACCGAGCGCCCCUUCCCCUGCCCCGACUGCCCCAAGCGCUUCGCGGACCAGGCGCGGCUCACCAGCCACCGGCGAGCGCACGCCAGCGAGAGGCCCUUCCGCUGCGCGCAGUGCGGCCGCAGCUUCAGCCUGAAAAUCAGCCUCCUGCUGCACCAGCGGGGGCACGCACAGGAGAGGCCUUUCUCCUGCCCCCAGUGUGGCAUUGACUUCAACGGCCACUCGGCCCUCAUCCGCCACCAGAUGAUCCACACGGGCGAGCGGCCCUACCCAUGCCCGGACUGCAGCAAGAGCUUCAUGCGCAAGGAGCACCUGCUGAACCACCGGCGGCUGCACACAGGCGAGCGGCCCUUCCAGUGCGCACACUGCGGCAAGAGCUUCAUCCGCAAGCACCACCUCAUGAAGCACCAGCGCAUCCACACGGGCGAGCGGCCCUAUCCCUGUGCCGCCUGCGGCAGAAGCUUCCGCUAUAAGCAGACGCUCAAGGACCACCUGCGCUCGGGCCAUGGCGGUGGCUGUGCGGGUGACGGCGACCCCUCGGGACAGCCGCCCGAACCCCCGGGGCCUCUCCUAACCGGGCUCGAAACUACUGGCCUAGGCGUUAACACCGAAGGCAUAGAGACCAGUCAGUGGUACGGAGAAGGGAGCGGAGGGGGGGGGUUGUAAAUCUCGCUCCUUUCGCGGUUCGCAGUGCCUGCGAGCCUCUCCCAACCUCCGCGUUGAUUGCUGUGUGGCACGUCCGUGAGUUUGGGAUCUUACACACUUGACUAGAGACACGCUGGAAUUUGGAACUCAACAACGUUACAAGAACACCACACUUUGAAACCCAGAAAGACCUGGAAAGGGGCCUGGCAUCUCGUUUAAAAGUAUUACCUAAGUAGAAGCUCUAUGAGAAUGUUAUAUACGAAUGUUGCAGAGAGGUUAGACAGCAAGAUUUGUCCUCUGGUAAUCCAUCACAGGGCCAUAAGGUGAUAAUGAUUGUGACUCUAGGUAGACACAGGUAUGAGGGAAGAGCCUCCACAGUUCGAAGCCCAUCCUGAGGCAUGAGAAUGUGUAACUGAACCUCUCCUUAAUUCCUUGAUGGUAAGACAGUGGUUAGGAGAGAGGGCUGGCUCCUGGGGGCGUGUACCACCCCUUCCAGAUACCAGCUAGAAUUUGCUCAUCUGCUAAUGUACUGGGUCUCCUGAAAUGAGAACUCAAGGCUGCCUUCCUUGGUUUCCCAGGUUAAUUCUUCUAAUACAUUUUGUUUAAUAUUGGGGGAGCAAGAAGUCUGACUUUAAAAGCUUCUUACUUAAAGGAGAACAGUUCCUAACUUUGAAGAAUAGUUUGAAGAGUUCAGGCUCUUAUUGGCAUUUAACCUGCUGGGAACCUGUGUGGAGGUCCCGGUUACAAAAGUGGGCCCGUGUUCUCAGCCCUAGCUUUAAAAUCUAGAGAGUACAGAGAAAUGACAGAACAGCCCAAAAUGUGAGCCUGAGCCUUGACAAAAACUUAUGUCAAAUUUUUCCUUAUUUCCAAGCUAAUAAGCUGAUUUUUCCAUUCCUGGUGUCUCAUCUUCUUGACAGUCGUCAGCAGAAAAGACCACAGCACUUUCCGGAAGCAUUAUGGAGUUUUGGAAAGUGCCAGUGACCCUCAGCUCUCCUUUCCUCGGUAGUGAAAUGAUGGUGCCACACCGCAGCCUUCUUGCGGUAUCGGGUAUGCUCACACCUGGCUCUCCUCGUUGGCAGCGGGCAGAUGGAGGGACUUUGGGGGUCCCUGAACACUAAGCACCAUGCACAGACAAGGACAGCCCCUUCCUGCCUGCUCUGCUUUUAGGGACCUUGGCUCCCAUGUGUUUGAGAUCAUUCAGUCCGAGGAGAGCAUCUGAGUGUGGCCCUGCUCCUACGUGGCUUUGCAGUGGGACAUAAGUCCCUUUCCCUGUACAGAUUACAAAUUUUCACUUGCAAAAUGAGGCUGGUAGAAGGAAAAAAGUGAGCCUCCAGAAAUUAACAAAACAAAGCUUGUGAUUCAUUUCUUCUGCCAAAAUUCGAUCUCUAACUCUGGCUUCUCUCCAGGCAAAGCCAGAUACGACCCCCAAAUCCAAGCAAAGUCGUUCUUGUUGAAACUUGACUGAACUCGAUUUGUUUUACUCUUGCUGGGAGCCUGAGGUGGGAGAGACUGCCCUAAGUCUUGGGCUGUAAAGCUGUUUAUUCCUACCCUCUCUUGUUUCCCCGAAUCUUUCUCAGAUGCCUGGAAACAAGGUCUGCACAUACUUAGGACAGUUUCUUGAUGAAAUGAUAAGGGAGGGACCCAUUUUUUCCUUAUCUCCUAGCCCAACCUUCACCCGGGCCAGCUAUGCAUAAACACAGUAGGAAAAAAAAGUUUUACCCUGGCUAGCUUUGCUCCUGGGAAGGCUCUGUCUGAACAGGCUGCCCUUAUAGGAUAAUUGCAUUUAUGAAACAUCUGCUCUGUGACAAGUCACAACACCAGGGAUCACGGGACACCUAAGAAAUGUGUGUGAGACCCGGCCCCCUGCUGUAACUUAUAGUCCGAAGGCGAUGCGAAAAUCCAGUGUAGAACAAGCCGGGACAACUAACUGAUGAGCAGGACCUCAGCACAUUGGGAUUAGAGCUUUCUAGCUAGAAUCUAGACCAGUACUAUGGGCGAAUGGGGGGGAGGGGGGGCUCUGGGACUCCCAAAGCCUGGGUGCCAGCUUCACUGGUGACCUACUAAGAACUUGGUGGGAGACCCGGCUCUGGUUUGCACCUUGAUCUCCUUGUUAAAGGGGAGAAGAAUCAAAGUACUGUCUUUAGGUGGUGAGUUCCCUUCUCUGGAAGGAUUUGAACAUUUGCCAGGGUGUGCUAGAAAGGGAUUCCUACAUUAGGUGUGAUGCUGCUCUAGACAACAUCAGACACUUUUUACUCGAAGAGUUAAUGAGGGCACAGAGCUUGUUAAAUGAAAGAGAAAGAGACCUGUGGCUUAAAAUGCACAUACAUCCCAUAGUCCUUUCUGGAAGGCACUGUAGUCAGCAGGGACCCAGACUUGGGCAAGAAGUUGAACACAUUCAAAAUACCAGUGAGGUGGCUCAAAUGCCAUGGCAAUGAGCUGAAUGACAGGGAAUGGGCAGGAUCAGAAAGAUGGAGGUUGGUGUUCUAAUCAGCCCCACACACACCAGGGGUUUUCCACUAUGCGUUCUGGUCUCCUUCCCCUGCACCAGUCCUCCACCAGGUAGAACUCCGGGCCAGCUCUAGGGUUUGUUUGCUUAAGAUUUCUGAGUGGGUAAAUAAAUGCAUCCGUGGACAAAUUAAGUCCAACAGAAAGGUUUCCGUGUGUGGAGAAACUUGGCCCAUCGAGGGCCCUUGAGAGAGACCGUUAAACUGCAGUUGAAGUGCCUGAGGAUUGUUUGUCAUGACCAGACAAAAUAGGAAAGAGGAGAACCCAGCAAUGUGCUCUCCGUCAGUCUGCCCCUGGGCUAAGAAGUCCGUCACACACAAACCGGCAUAUCUCCUUGGAAGAGCUCCAGAUAUGGACUAUAACCAGAUUCACUCUUUGCUUACCAAGCUUUUCAUGGCCACCAUUAGAUGAGCCUCUUUUCCAGCCACAGAUGUGAAAAUAAAUGGAAGUUGAUUGCUUGUCUAGAAAGCGAAAGAAGACUCUUGUCGUUUCUGCUGGAUAUUUGAUAUUGGAAACACGGUAGCCGGGCUCUAGCUGGAGGCGUGCUUAUGUAACUAGGACUGCAGGUUCCAGUGGGAGACUGUGGGGCUCCUGGCGGACAGACUUGGGUGACCACGCUCAUCUCAGCCGGGAUCAGACCUCCAGCCUUACCGGGGAGUAACAAACGUUCACUGCCUCAGUCCGCAAAAUCUUUGUCGAUAAUAAAGGACCCAGAUUCCUUUAUUCAUUCCUAAUGGGUGGGAGAGCCCAGUUUCUGCUCAGGUUUUCUCCAAGGAGGGACACAACGCCCUGGUCCAUGCCCCCACCCUCAGUCCAUAUCGCAGCUUCUUACACAGAGCUGUCAGGGCCGCUCAGUAGCAGUGAAACAAAGCAGGUCUUUCCCCAAAUGGCUCUUAUAGAUGAGGGACUCUGUCAUCAUCAGUUUUAGUCUGUGUGUUUGGUGGAUUCGUAAACUCUACAAACACAGGGUCUAUACUAGGACAUUCUUUGAGUAGGGAAGUGCCAGGCUCUGUAAGCAAAAGGACCUCAAGUUAGGUCAGAUCGGCGGGGAGGAGGAUGGGGAAGUGCACAGGGCCUUAACAUAGGGACACACGUGGGUUAGUGCAACCUAACAGGCAUAGACUCUGAGUCAGACCUGUAUUCAAGUGCUGACGUCAUCAGAAAUAAAUGCUAUUUAACCAUCAUGA